UCUUGCCAUUCUGAAAUCAUCAAGACCAUGUUUUCGAGCGACCGGAUAUUGGGAAUCUUCUUUCUGUCUCAGACCAUGGUCGGCGUGCUGGGGAAUUCAGCGAUGUUCACGAUGUACGUCCACAUCUUCGUGGCUGAGCCCCAGCAGAAGAAGCCCACGGACCUGAUCCUCACCCACCUGACGGUGACCAACACCAUGACCCUCCUCACCCAGGGGGUCCCGGAGGUGAUGGUGGCCUUCGGAAUGAAGAAUAUUAUGGAUGACGGGGGGUGCAAGGUCCUAUGUUACAUCAGGAGAGUGGCCCGGGGCCUCUCCAUCUGUUUCACCUGUCUCCUGAGCGUGUUCCAGGCCGUCACCAUCAGUCCCAGAUCCUCCUGGUGGUCCCAGUUCAAACCCAGAGCCUCCAGAUACAUCCUCCCUUCUUUCUUCAUCUUCUGGAUCUCCAACUUGAUGAUCUACACCAGCUUAAUCGAAUCCGCCCAAGCCACCAAUAAUAUCACGAUGACAGAACACAUGUACAUUUCAAAAUACUGUUCUACGGUGCCCAAGAGUAGUGAGUUCACUGUCCUGACUCUAUUUACCACGACCUUUGGAGAUGUCCUCUUGGUAUUUCUCAUGAGCUGGGCCAGCGGCCACAUGGUGAUGGUGUUACAUCGACACCACAGACAAGUCCAGCACAUCCGCAGCAGCGGUCGCUCCCCGAAAUCCUCCACGGAGACCAGAGCCAUUCACACCAUCCUGCUCCUUGUCAGCUGCUUCGUUUGCUUCUAUUGGCUGAACAGUUUCAUCAAUAUUUAUUUAAGUUUCGUGAAGGGAUAUGAGGGUGAGGCGCAGGGCACGACGGCCUUCCUGUCGUCAUGUUUCCCCUCCAUCUCCCCUUUGGUGCUGAUCACCAGGGACCCCCGCUUCCCCCGGCCCCACUGUCUCAUCAAGAAGGUGAAAUUCCCUUCUCCUUCUGGGAUUUCCAGCGAUGUGGAUAUCACAACUCAAAUCUGUUCCGUCUCCAGUGUCCUCUGGGAAGACUCCAGUCCGUUGGAAUGA